AUGGCUUCAUCGUUAUUCUUUAAUCCGUGUUCGACAACAUGCGGUCGUGGUGUUCGUAAACGUAUUGUGUCAUGUGUCAAUUCACAUAGUCAUUCAGCAGCUUCUAAAUAUUGUGAUGCGGCAAAACGGCCAAUUGAUUCACAUCGCUGUCGAAUGGCUCAUUGUCCACGUUGGAAAACCGGAAAAUGGUCAAUGUGUUCGGUGACAUGUGGUAGAGGAAUAAGAACACGUGAAGUGAUGUGUCAGAAAGGUCGACGAACCAAUCUGCCAGAUAUGGAAUGUGCAAAGUUACCGAAGCCACUGGCAAAUUCAAUGUGUAUAACCAUGUCUUGUCCAGCAUAUCACUGGGCAGCUACUCCAUGGUCUAAGUGCACUGAUCCGUGCAAGAGAUCUGAUCAACAUCGUCGUGUUUACUGUGUCAGCAAUUUGGGUAAACGUGCAGCGCCAAAAAUGUGCAGUAAUGAGACUGCACCAGAGAUGACACGUUCAUGUCCUGUUACCGAUUGUCUCUAUCAUUGGGUACCUGGUCCUUGGAGUACGUGCUCUAAAACGUGUGGCACAGGGUUUCAAUUCCGUCGCAUUGAGUGCCGUGUGCGUAGUCAAAAUCAUAGCUCGAACUCAGAGUCAAAUGUACAGUCGAGGAUGUGUAAUGGAUUAGUUCGACCAUCGGUUAGUAAGGAAUGUGCUAUGAACCCGUGCGAUGCUAAAUAUCGCUGGUCCGUUGGACCUUGGUCACAGUGCUCGACAAGUUGUGGUCCAGGCUAUCGAAGACGUCGUGUACGAUGUUUGGACAGGGAUGGCAGACGGGUAUCGCGUGAUCUUUGUGAUCAAAGUCCAGAUAGACCGAAAAGGCGAGAAAGCUGUUUCUUGAGAAAUUGCUUGCCAGGUGAUUGUGCAGAGUUGAAAGCGUAUUAUACGCAAGAGAAUAGCGCCGAUGGCAAUUAUACCGUUUUGGUUGCUGGUUUUCGCAUUACUGUUUAUUGCCACCUAAUGAAUGAAACAUUACCAAAAACGUACAUCAAUCUCAAUAGUGAAACUAAUUUUGCGGAAAUUUAUGGAAAAAGACUAUUGUACCCAUUUACGUGUCCUCAUAACGGACAGCGUAAUGAUACAUGCAUGUGCACGGAUGAUGGAAGUGCAAGCGCUGGCUUUUCCAGUUUUUCAAAAGUUCGUGUCGAUCUUCACAAUAUGAAAAUAAACAUUCACGAUCACACAUUUGCAACGACAUCUCAUGGUGAAGAAGUAGCAUUUGCAACAGCUGGUGAUUGUUACAGCGCUGUUGAUUGCCCACAGGGACAAUUCGGUAUCGAUUUACGUGGAACGGGUCUCCGAGUGAUGGAUGACCUUCGCUGGAUUGAUCAAGGGCACCGCACAAGUUCGAGAAUUGAGCGGUCUGAUAAUAAUGCAAGAAUAUUUGGACGUUGCGGUGGUUACUGUGGUCAAUGUAGUCCGGAUAAGUUUAAAGGUUUGGUAAUAGAAAUUGAUCAUAAACAAAAUCCGAGUAUUGGUGCAGGAUGA